AUGGAUUAUGAAGAAAAUUUGGAUUCUACAUUUGAGCAAUUAAAAAUUACGGAUGGAAAAAUGGUAAAAGUUACACCUGACGGUGAUGAGUCAAAAUGUCCAGCUAUAUUUGCAAUUUCUCACAAGGAAACAUUUGAAGUGCCAGAUACCUUGUUGUAUGUCGACGGUAAUCCAAGGAAACUCGUUAAACACAAAAAUGUAGAAGAGAACUUUAAUUCAUCCUCUCAUAAGAGAAAAAUUGAUGAUUCAGAAAUAGAUUCUCAAGAAACCAUUCAAGUACACAAGAAGUUUACUACCAAUGACAAGGUCAUAGUCAAAGAUGACGAUAUCAUAAUGACAGAUAAAGGCCCCUAUGAACUAAUUACUCUCGAUUAG